AUGAGCGACAGCGACGGAAAUAACAAUGAAGCUGUGGCGAUGGAAGUUGGCAACCCAAAAGAGGCAGCAAGAGAAACCAACAGUAUCACCACCAACAGUUUGAGCGAGAGCAGCAAAGCCAGUAGCAGCCUUUGCAUGAGCGACGGCAACGGAAAUAACAAUGAAGCUGUGGCGAUGGAAGUUGGCAACCCAAAAGAGGCAGCAAGAGAAACCAACAGUAUCACCACCAACAGUUUGAGCGAGAGCAGAAAAACCAGUAGCACUGGUGCUGAACAGAACAGUGGCCAUGACAUCUGCAGCAGCCUCAACCAAGAUGACGCAACCGCAUCCAGAGACAACUGUAACCAAACAAGCAAGCCCAACAACCACAACAACACAAUAACCGACAGCCCCAAAGCCUCCGGAGACAUGGAUGACACAACUUUGGGGGACUCCAAGGAUAUCUGUGGCAGCAAAUCAAGUGGGAGCCCCCAUGCUACUACCAACAGAAGCAAUUCCAAGUCUGGCAAUGACAACCCAACAAAGAAAGUCCCCAAGUAUAAGGUGAUUGCAAGUGUGGUGAGCCCAAAGGAGGGAUCAGGGGAAGCCAAUAGCACUACUUUUAGCAGCCUUUGCAUGAGUGACAGCGAUGGCAGCAACCAUGGCUAUAUGGAAUGCAAUAAUGAUGACACGAUGAAAGCAAUGGUGGAAAACAGCAAAGGCAAUAACAUUGUCAGCACCCUGGGACACUCCAACAAGGAUGGUACCGGUAACCAAACUGAAACACACAUGGAUGCAACGAGCACCGCUAGCAGCAGUUCACACCAAGCCUACACCAAGGAUUCUAGGGAUUCCAUCAACACUGACACCAUGCCCAUCUCCAUCAGUGGUUCCAAAAGCAACAGCACGGAUUCUAACACGAAGCACAACAGCCAAACCAAUCUUCGCACUGCUGCUACUGUCAUUACGCCCAAUCAAGGCGGGCGGCCACAGAGCACCAACACUGAUAGCAACCCUCGGGCACAUGACAGAAGCAGCUGCAGAGACUGCAGCCCCAACAGCAGCAAGGACAAUCAGACAACCACCACCGCUAGUCCUCACGCCCCUCAAGGAACCAUCCAGGACCAUGAGAGCAACAAAGCUUGUCUUACCACUGGCCCGACUUGCAAUGACACCGACACCAACACCAACGACACUGCCACUGCCUACAUCAGCAGCAAAGAUGAUUGCCAAAGUGACAAGCUCACUACCACCGAAGGAGCCAACCAGGACUAUGAUGGCAACAAAGCUUGCAUUGCCAGCAACGAAACUGCUAAGGUUAACGGCUCUGGCUCAACUGACAGCUUGAAGGGUCCCACCAACAACCUUCUUACCCCUUCUGGCAGUACUUGCGCAGGAGAAUCCAACAUUGACCACAACCUCUGCAAGGACAAUCACACAGCCAGCAACAGUUGUCCUCACACCACGACCACCGAAGGAGCCAACCAGGACUAUGAUGGCCACAAAGCUUGCAUUGCCAGCAACGAAACUGCUAAGGUCAACGGCUCUGACUCAACUGGCAGCUUGAAGGGUUCCACCAACAACAUGAGUACCCCUUCUGUCAGUACUUGCACAGGAGAAUCCAACAUUGACCACAGCCUCUGCAAGGACAAUCACACAGCCAGCAACAGUAGUCCUCACACCACGACCACCGAAGUAGCCAACCAGGACUAUGAUGGCAACAAAGCUUGCAUUGCCAGCAAUGAAACUGCUAACGACAACGGUUCUGGCUCAACUGACAGCUUGAAGGAUCCCACCAACAGCAUGAGCACCCCUUCUGGCAGUACUUGCGCAGGAGAAUCCAUCAUUGACCACAGCCCUGAAGAGCUAGAUGUCACGACAACAGCCGUGGCAAACCAGCACAACAAAGGCGGCACUCUCACAUCCAUCACCUCCACUGGCAGCCAUGCCCAUGCCCACACCCACCAAUCUGCUAUUGGAAAGAAACGGAAGCCGGGGCAGUCUGCUGGGAAUUGUUCUAAGAAGGCCAAGAAGGCUAAGAAGCCAAAGGAGAAACAGAGAAACAAGGAAAACUGCGGUGUCACAGUGAUCGAGGGAAGGUACAAGCGAAUUUUCAGAAAGAAAAGAAGCUGGGGCCGCCUGGUGGUCAGGCCAGGGUUCAAGUUCACAAACGUGCCAACAAAAAAGGCAAGCUGCGGUGGCCGUGUCACCGUGGUCAAAAAAAGCAGAUUCCGCGGAAAAACAAAUGUGAACUGGCCAAGAUUGAGAACAAGCUGGGUUGGCCAACCAAGAAAGGUUCUGAGAAGGACAAAGCAAUGCAAGGGAGCUGGUAUUGGAGGCAGCCAGGAAAAGGAAAAGGAUGCCGGGAAAGGAAGCGAGAGGAAGAAGAAACGAGCAAAGGGGCGGCAACAGACGAAGGCAGAGAACAGAAAAGAGAAAGGAACUGAGAAGAAGAUGAAGAAGAAAAGAGCAAGUGGGCGGAGCGACUUGCAGAAGCAAUCCCAGGAAGAGCAGGCAGCAGAGCAUCCGCGACUUUGUAUUUAG